UUGUCAUCUGUCACCUCAUAGGCCUGGAGUUCUGCAGUGUCGUUUUGGACCAGCAACCUGCGACGUACAUUUGGCGCGUGUGGGACAGUGCUACUUUGACGUAAGUGGUUGGGUCCCUUAAGAUCUACCAAGAAAGGUAUGGGCUGUUUCCCCGUUUAGUUGCUGGCUGAGGUAUCAGCUAGAACCCUCACUCUUCCCUAUGCUUUUCUAGAUCCCUCUCUCGCUUCUUAAUCCUCGAUCUUUCAAACUUAACUUUUAUGUUGAAUUGAACUUAAAAAGCUGAAACCAUGAUUUCUGCCCUGAGUUGUAAUGGAAACCCAGUAAUCAUAGGCAGUUCAAGAAUCCAAAGCAAGAGAAAGACUCAAUCUUUAUUGCAUUCCAAGCUCAUUUCUUGCGCAAAGAAUGGGAAUCCUUCGUACCUAAAGGGUGCCAUUGACAAGUAUUGGAGGGCCAAGUUUGAUAAUAAGCAGCUGAUAAACAUAAACCCAAUCGUAAUAGAUGAAGAAGGGGGAGGUUCUCUUCUUCCUGAUAAGCCCAAGAAAAGAGGGGUGGUUGAGGAGAAGAGUGCCCAAGUGGGGAGACAACAGAUGAUGGUUUUGUGUGGGUUUGGGUAUUGGGUUCAAGGGUUCAGGGCUUUUCCAUGGCUGGCUCUCAACUUCCACAUGGCUCAUGGGAUGAAGAUGCACCCUUCUACAUUGCAGCUUGUGCAGAACUCUGGCAACCUCCCUUUUGUUGCCAAGCCUCUCUAUGGAAUCUUGUCUGAUGCUCUGUAUAUUGGGGGUGAUCAUAGAUUGCCUUACAUAUCCAUUGGAGUUUUCCUCCAGGUUUUGGCUUGGGGUCAAUUAGCACUAGUAUCUUCUGUAAGUGAAGCGCUUCCUGCUCUUAUGGCUUGUGUUCUUCUGAGCAACCUCGGAGCUUCAAUAACAGAAGUUGCCAAGGACGCUCUAGUAGCAGAAUAUGGCCAGAAAAAUGAAAUGCCCGGUAUUCAAUCUUAUGCAUUCAUGGCUUCAGCUGCUGGUGGGAUGCUAGCCAACUUACUCGGGGGAUAUUUCUUAAUGAAAACACAACAACCCAGUGCCAUGUUUCAAGCCUUUACAGCUUUACUUGCAGUCCAAUUAGCAAUGUCCCUCUCAAUGAGGGAAGAAUCACUUGGUUUGGCUGAGUCAUCGAAAUAUACUGUUUUAAGGAAAUCAAUCCCAGAAAGUAUAAAAAGGCAGUUUUCUGAUCUCAUGGUUGCCAUUAGAGAUGAAAGCAUCUACCGUCCCCUUAUAUGGAUCGUUGUAUCCAUUUUGGCAGUGCCAGUCCUUUCUGGUUCCAUCUUCUGCUAUCAGACACAAUCCCUUAAUCUCGACCCCUCAGUUAUCGGGUUGUCCAAAGUGACCGGCCAAUUAAUGCUUCUCUCUAUGACUGUUUUAUACCAUCGGUUUGGGAAGAAUAUCCCUAUGAGAAAACUGAGUGGCAUUAUCCAGAUUCUGUACGCUGCUUCUCUGCUUCUUGAUCUCGUACUAAUCAAGCAGUUCAAUAUCAACUUGGGAAUUCCAAACGAAGUGUUUGCCCUUUGCUUUUCGGGCAUUGCAGAGACCAUUUCAUCGUUUAAGCUCUUGCCAUUCUACGUGCUUAUUGCAAGUUCAGCUCCAUCAGGCUGCGAAGGAUCACUCAUGUCUUUCUUGGCAUCGGCUUUGUGUCUCUCAUCAAUAAUUAGUGGGUUUCUAGGCAUUGGGUUGGCUUCUUUCCUAGGGAUAACAUCUGGCAAUUACACAAGUCUGCCGGUUGGGAUAGUAAUCCAGUUCCUUGCUGCGCUGCUGCCUCUUGGAUGGCUUAAAUUCGUGCCAAUGUCACUACCCUCAGCUGAAAAGGAAAGGAAGAUAGACAGAAGUAAAAGGAGAAGUAGAAAUAGGAGGGCGGGAAAAGUUGUGCUUCGUUGUAUCUACCCCGAUAGACAAGAAAGACAAUCCGAUUUGCAGAGAUGAGAAUGUGAGCACUGGAAGAAGUACAACACCGCUAAAUAUCAUGGCAGAGAUAUUAAGAGAAGAACCACAAUACCACACUGCUCAAUUCGUGGCGAAUUUCACCCCUCGGUUUUCUGCAACAAUGUUCUCUGCUUCAGUGGCGAUAUCUACACAAGAAAGUGGGCAAGCGUUAGCAUAUAAGAGCUGUGUAUGAAGCUGAUAUUUAGAAAGUUUUAUCAGAUGAUGAGUGGAUUACUAAGGCCUGAGAUGAUGAUAUAGAAGAGGUCCAUUUCCAGAAAAGCUGGUUUAUGGUGCAUGCUAAACCAGACAGUCCACCUCAGUGCCUGCCUGAGGAUUUGGAUUUGGACAAAAGCUAGAGAAGUGCAAUAAGAUAUUUGCAGAAAAGUCUUGCCCUGUCAAAUGCUGACUACCCACCCAGAAGGCCAGAACUUACAUCUACCAGCCACAAACAGGUCUACCACUCCAGAUUUUGCCUAAGAUUAGUAUAAUUUGCUUUGCUUUUAUUAACCACUCCAGAUUUUGUCUAAGAUUAAUAUAGUUUGCUUUUAUCAACAUCCCAGUCCUAAGGGAAAAAAAAUCAUCAUUUUUUUUCA